UACUUAUUUUAUAAGAUUCUCCUAAACCAAGUUCUAGAAAGGCAAUGAGUGUGUCUCAAGCCAGAGGACCCCACAUGUCUUUGUGAGAAGGGUGGUCUCUGAGUCUCUGAGAGCUGCUGCCAUUAAUAAUAGCCAUGUUGGGGGUUUCAAUUUGAGGCGUCUGGCUGUCUUUUUGGCAAAUGGGUCUUGCAUAUAUCAUGGUUUUGUAGACAGUAUUUUACGUCACGUACUCAUUGGGGGGGCUUUUACUUUAAUGGGUGUCAGUGGUUUUGGUCCCUUGUGUCUCAUAUGGGAUUCAAAUUUGGAAAUUUCUUGAUGGUUUUUAGGGCAGAGAAAACAAUAGCACAUAAUUUUGUGGUUUUCUGGGGCAGCAAAUUGGAGGGGUUGACCUAAAUUUUCUGUCUGAAUUGGAAAUUUUGUGUUUUUAUUGCUGGUGGGGUUUUGGGUUCAGAUUUGGGUCUUUUUUUUUGGAGGUGGGUGUGCUGUAGUGGAGUGGUUUUAGGAGUAUUUCUAAGGGUUCUCAACUGGGUUUGUGAAAGGAAUUCACUUUCUUCUGUUACAUCUACUGGGUAGAUUUGGGUCAGUUUUGGUAGAAAAUUCAGUGGGUUUGUGCAAAUUUUGGGUUUCACAGGCUGUAAAGGAAGCCACAUUGUGGUGCUGUUUCAACGUUCUAAGAGACUUGGUUUGAGAAUUCUGGGUUUGGUUCUUUCUGGCUGAUUUUGGCUUCACAGUGGUGCUUAAGGGAAACAGCUUAUUGGGUUUCUGCUUCUGCUUAUGAAACUGCCCUGAUUUGGGCAGUUACUUGUACUUUGCUUUGAGGGAUUUGAUAGUGUCUGAAUUGAGUUUUCAGUGGGAUUCUGGGUUUGUUUAGCUUUAGCUCUCUUGGAAAAUUGUUCUUCAAGUUCUAUACUGCUUUCACUGGGAGGAAAUGGCUUGCAUGAAAUUGGGAUCUAAAACUGAUGCCUUCCAUAGACAAGGACAGGCCUGGUUCUGCACCACUGGGCUUCCUAGUGACAUUGUUGUUGAAGUUGGAGAGAUGUCAUUCCAUCUUCAUAAGUUUCCUUUGCUCUCAAGAAGUGGGAUUAUGGAAAGAUUGAUUUCCGAAGCAUCUGAAGGAGAAGAAGAAUGUGUCAUAAACAUCCCUGAUAUUCCUGGUGGGGCAAAAACAUUCGAGUUAGUAGCCAAGUUCUGCUACGGGGUGAAAUUUGAGCUUACUGCCUCAAAUGUUGUAUACCUUCGAUGUGCUGCUGAGCAUCUUGAAAUGACUGAGGAAUAUGGGGAGGACAACUUAAUCACACAAACUGAAGCCUUUCUCAAUCAAGUUGUCCUUCGAAAUUGGAAAGACUCUUUAAAAGCACUUCAGACUUGCGAUGACAUUCUCCCUCAUGCUGAAGAACUCAACAUUACAAAGAGGUGUAUCGAGUCACUAGCCACAAAAGCAUCUACGGAUCCUAAUCUGUUUGGGUGGCCUGUCAAGGAGCAUGGAGGCCCCAUGCAAAGUCCUGGUGGGAGUGUCCUGUGGAAUGGGAUAAGUACAGGGGCUAGACCAAAGAAAUCAAGUUCAGACUGGUGGUACGAGGAUGUUUCAACCUUGAGCUUGCCUCUCUAUCAGAGGCUAAUUUCGGUUAUGGAAUCUCGUGGCAUUAAACAAGAGAUUAUUGCAGGCUCAAUCACUUUUUAUGCCAAAAAGUACCUUCCUGGGCUGAACCGGCGUCAAGGCACUAGUGACUCUAGUACCCGACUUGCACCAGUGUCCUUGGGGUCCCCACCAUCAGAAGAAGACCAGAAGCUCUUACUUGAAGAGGUGGAUCGGUUACUUCCAUUUCAGAAGCGUGUAGUCCCAACCAAAUUAUUGUUUGGUCUACUUCGAACAGCCAUGAUUCUUCGAGCCAACCCUUCUUGCAUAUCUAAUUUUGAGAAAAGGAUCGGCAUGCAACUUGAUCAAGCUACUUUGGAAGAUCUUUUGAUGCCCAACUUCUCUUAUUCCAUGGAGACUCUAUACAACGUUGACUGCGUGCAACGAAUUCUAGAUCACUUCCUUGCCAUGGAUCAAAUUACAGGCGGGGGGGUGUCUCCAUCUUCAAUGGAUGAUGGCCAACUGAUUGGGUCACCAGCAGGCCCUUCACUGACCCCAAUAACAAUGGUAGCCAAGCUCAUUGAUGGAUACCUUGCAGAGGUUGCCCCUGAUGUUAACUUGAAGCUCCCUAAGUUUCAAGCUCUUGCUGCUGCUGUUCCUGAAUAUGCUAGACCCUUGGAUGAUGGUCUUUAUCGUGCUAUAGAUAUUUAUUUGAAGUCACACCCAUGGUUGGCAGAGUCCGACAGGGAACAGCUCUGCCGGUUGAUGGACUGCCAGAAGCUUUCCUUGGAAGCUUGCACUCAUGCUGCACAGAAUGAGAGGCUACCCCUGAGAAUAGUUGUUCAAGUACUCUUCUUCGAGCAGCUUCAGCUUAGGACUUCAAUUGCUGGUUGCUUUCUGGUUUCAGAAAAUCUCGAUGGAUCAAGACAAUUAAGAAGUGGGUUUACCGGGUCUAAUGAGGGGGGCUGGGCCACGACUGUGAGGGAGAAUCAGGUUUUGAAGGUUGGGAUGGAUAAUAUGAGGAUGCGGGUAUCUGAGCUCGAGAAGGAGUGUUCAAAUAUGAGACAAGAGAUUGAGAAGUUAGGUCGUGUAAAAGGUUCUAGCACAUGGGGAAAUGUAUCGAAGAAAUUCGGGUUCAAGAUAAAGUCCCAGAUGUGCAGCGCUCAAGAGGGAUCCGUUACCAAUCAGCAUAAUGGGAAUGAGAAAGUUGAGAAGUUAAAGGAGAGGCAUGGAAAGCAUAAGAAAGACUCUGUUAAAGAUGAAUAAAGCCUUUUGGUUUCUCCUUCUCUCUCACCUCUAGCUUUGAAGUUCUUUCUGUGGUUAGCUCAAUUUCUUUGAUUUCAGUUCAGAAACUAAGUCCCGCUUCUGCUUCUUUGUGCUAAUAUCUGUUUACUCUUGCUGUAUUGUUAUCGUCUUAAUCAUGGUUAGCAGAGAUGGAAAAUGAAGUUACCUUGUAAUUUGUUUAUUGUAACAGUAGCAAAGGUCUCUGUUUCUCUUUGUGCAGUCUUCUCUCUUGUCUCCAACAAAUUUUUUAAGCCCCUCAAUUAUGAUAUAAACCUUGGCCUC